AUGAUAAGAGACGAAGAAGACGAUUUUAUUUCAUCAUUAAAUGAUCCGAUGAGCCAAAAUUUGACUGCAACCAUUGACGAUACAUCCUGUCCACCAGCCUUCUCUACAAGAAUUCCAGCAUCUUAUGAAACCACAAUAUUAAAGAAUGAAAUUAAAAGGAGUAUCAGUUCAAACUCCAAUCUCCAACUUGUAUCACUCUCAACAGGUGAAAGCAUUUACCGAUUAAAAUACAAUCAAUUACGCAAAUAUGCUGGCUUGGAUUUUAAAACACAACAAUGUUCUCCUUCUUCAUUCCCAACCAAGAAGAAUCAAACCACUCUACUAGGUUCACUGGAGGAGAAGAGAUUCCUCCAACUCAGAGAACGUACAAGAGGAGCAGCUUCCGAUGAAGAGGAAAAUGAUGAAGGAGAUGAAGAAGAUGAUGAAGACUUUUGGGUUGAUGAUGAUGAAAAUUUAAUUGAUGAUGAUGAAUUGUAG